CGCCCUAACGUUUGGGCUGUGACUCUCCGGUCCUAGCCCCGACGGGACAAAAUAGAGCAAAAUGGGGUUCGUAAAGGUUGUCAAGAACAAGGCUUAUUUUAAGAGGUACCAGGUCAAAUUCCGCAGAAGGAGAGAGGGUAAGACUGAUUACUAUGCUCGCAAGCGUUUGGUGAUCCAAGAUAAGAACAAGUACAAUACUCCCAAGUACAGGAUGAUUGUACGUGUCACCAACAGAGACAUCAUCUGCCAGAUUGCUUACGCUAGGAUUGAGGGAGACAUGAUUGUUUGUGCUGCCUAUGCUCACGAACUUACCAAGUAUGGUGUCAAGGUUGGGCUCACAAACUAUGCUGCAGCAUAUUGUACAGGCCUGCUGCUGGCUCGCAGGCUUCUCAACAAGUUUGGCCUGGACAAGGUUUAUGAAGGCCAGGUGGAAGUAACUGGAGAUGAGUACAACGUAGAGAGCAUUGAUGGGGAACCUGGUGCCUUCACAUGCUACCUUGAUGCCGGCCUGACCCGAACCACCACUGGAAACAAAGUUUUUGGUGCUCUUAAGGGAGCUGUUGAUGGAGGUUUAUCUAUUCCACACAGCACCAAGCGUUUCCCUGGCUAUGACUCUGAAAGCAAAGAAUUCAAUGCUGAGGUCCACCGCAAGCACAUCUUUGGCCAGAACAUUGCCGAGUACAUGCGCCUUCUGACAGAAGAAGAUGAAGAUGCGUUUAAAAAGCAGUUCUCUCAGUACAUAAAGAAUGGUGUCACAGCAGACCAGAUGGAAGACAUUUACAAAAAGGCCCAUGCAGGUAUUCGGGAGAAUCCAGUGCACGAAAAGAAACCCAAGAAGGAAGUCAAAAAGAAGAGGUGGAACCGUGCCAAAUUGUCUCUGGCACAGAAAAAGGACCGUGUUGCUCAGAAAAAAGCCAGUUUCCUCAGAGCUCAGGAGAAGGCAGACAGCUAAAUGGAUUAUGUUGCGAUUUUCUAAGUAUUUGCAGCAAAAAAAUAAAUCUAUUAACAUCA